AUGUCUGCAAAUUUCAUUUCCUUCAAAAUUCUCAACUACACAUUGCUGAAACCACCAAGAUGGAAUGUUUUCGGAUUCAUUCAUGAUGGAGAGAACUUGUUGAAAAGGAGAAAAUUUCCCACCAAACGUAGCAAUAUAUUUGGCAAAUCUAAAUGGAUCAAUUCUUUACUUCAACACAACGGCACACAAUUCCAUUCCAUUAAUUUCCAGCUGCUAAAUUCUUCUUCAAUGUUAUCAUCAACCUGGACCAUACGUACAAGAACAGCAUUGAACGUUUCCAUUGGAUUAUACCUGUUGAUCAAUGUAUGGAAUCAUCACCAAAUGGAUCCAUUCUUUCUCUUCUUAUGGAACAAAAAGACACCAUCAUCAUCGGAAACCACCAAUCCAUCACAACAACAUUCACCUCCCAAUUCAAAUGGUAAUCAUCAUCAUCAGGAUGCUAAUUCUCAAUCUUCUUCCAUGAUGAAUACCUCUUCAAACAACAAUAACAAACCUCCCAAAAUGAAAAUCAUCAAAGUCAAGCCUGAUGGUAAUUGUCUAUUUCGAGUCAUUUCAAUGGGACUCUACCACACAGAGGAUUAUCAUCUUCAAUUGAGAUUAGCAGCCGUCGAGUGGAUGAGAUCGCAUUUAGAUACUGAAAUUGAUAAAGGUCUCCGAUUGAGACACGCGUUAAUUUUGGAUGGGCCUGGAGACAAUAACAAUAACAGCGAUAUAGAGAGAUACUAUUUGAGGAACAUGCAAUGCUCAGGAGUGUGGGGAGAUUUUAAUUGCAUUGUUGCUCUUGCAAACUGUUUGCAACAACCUAGAGUACAAUUUAAAAUUGUAAUUUUGAGUCGUCAUAAUUAUGGCGCAAGAAGAGGCAAUCAGAAAAUUGAAUCCAUUGUGGAUGUUCAACCACCAUCGUCACGAUCGACGAUGAAUGAUGUUAAGGAUGAAAACGUGGUUACUGUAUGGCUUGCAUUCAAUCAAUUGAACAAUCAUUACGAUUGGAUUCAAAUUGGAACGGAAUAG